AUGUUGUUUCAACACGUCCGCUCGCUCCGUGGCGUGUCGCACGUAGCCCGUCGCAUGACUACAUCUACCCGUCGUAUUAGCUCUGUCUAUGCACCAGUUGACACCUUCCUUCAUCGUCACUUGGGUGUCUCUUCUGACAAAGAUCGACAAGCGAUGCUGGCUACUAUCGGAUACGAUACAAUUGAAGCCCUAGUAGCCGCCACUGUACCCGAAGAGAUCCGUCUCUCGUCGUCGCUAGCUCUUCCCCCACCUCUGAGUGAGAGCCAAGCACUGGCCAAGUUAAAAGCAAUUGCUGCAAAGAACCAGACGCUCAAGUCGUUCAUUGGCAUGGGCUUUAGUGACACGUUGACACCUGCCCCCGUUGUCCGCCACUUGCUCGAGAAUCCAGGAUGGUACACGUCGUACACGCCGUACCAAGCCGAAGUGUCGCAAGGACGUCUCGAGCUGCUGUUGAAUUUCCAGACCAUGGUCUCGGAUCUCACGGGACUGGACUAUGCGAACGCGUCGCUACUGGAUGAAGCCACUGCUGCUGCAGAAGCCAUGGCCCUGGCACACGGCACGUUUCAAGGUAAACGGACCAAGUUCUUUGUGGACCAAGACGUGCAUCCACAGACGAUUGGGAUGAUGCAAACACGAGCUGAGAACGUGGACAUUGAGCUUGUGGUUGGCAACGUAGAGCGGGAUCUAAACUUGCAGGAUGAAGUCUACAGCGGCGUGUUGUUGCAGUACCCGACGACAUUUGGUGCUGUGAAAGACUACCGGGACUUUGUCACGGAUGCUCACAAAUCCAAGCUUGUGGUGGCGGUUGCGACGGACUUGUUGGGUCUCACGCAGCUCACGCCACCUGGUGAAUGGGGUGCAGACAUUGCACUGGGUUCGGCUCAACGCUUUGGAGUCCCCAUGAUGUUUGGCGGACCACACGCUGCGUUCUUGGCCACGACAAAGAAGUAUUACCGUAAGAUGCCAGGCCGUAUCAUCGGCGUGUCUGUGGAUGCGCGAGGUGAACCGGCAGUGCGGAUGGCUAUGCAGACACGUGAACAGCACAUUCGUCGUGAUAAAGCAACGAGCAAUAUCUGCACUGCACAAGCAUUGCUGGCGAAUAUGGCAGCUGCAUACGCUAUCUACCAUGGUCCUGAGGGUCUGAGUGCUAUUGCUGCGCGUGCCAACCUGUACGCUGCUACGCUGGCUGCAGGACUGGAAAAGUUCGUGCCAACGUGUCACGUAGUUCAUGAGACGUUCUUUGACACGCUGGAAAUCGAUGUGUCCCAAUUGAACAAGUCAGCGGCUGACGUGGCACUUGAUGCUACGAAACACGGUGUGAAUGUGCGCGUGAUUGACGACAAGCGCGUGGGUGUGUCGAUGGGUGAGAGCGUUGACCUGGAAGACCUACAGAAGCUUUUGCUGGCGUUUGGUGCUGCUGGAAGUGAUGUGCAAACCAAUCUGAUCGAGACUCUCGGUGCCCGUGCCCAGGAGAUUCAGCAGAAGAGCAUUCCUGAAACACUGCGCCGUACAACGUCAUAUCUGACCCACAGCAACUUUCACAAGUACCGCUCGGAGACGGAGCUGACGCGUUAUUUGAAACGACUGGAGGACAAGGAUUUGGCUCUUAACCGCUCCAUGAUUUCGCUGGGAAGCUGCACGAUGAAGCUCAACGCCGUGUCUGAGUUAGCUCCUGUAUCGUGGCCCGAGUUCAUGAACGUGCAUCCUUUCGUGCCUGAGGAACAGAGUGCUGGAUACCUUGAGCUCAUUGAGUCGCUGAACCACUCGCUCGCCGUCAUUACAGGCUUCAGUGCUGUGUCGACGCAGCCGCAGAGUGGCGCACAAGGUGAAUACGCAGGCCUGUUGACGAUUCGCAACUACCAGCGCUCAAUUGGUCAGGGACAUCGUAACGUGUGUCUGAUCCCGGUGUCGGCUCAUGGCACGAACCCUGCUAGUGCAGUGAUGGCUGGUAUGAAGGUCGUAGUUGUCAAGUCGGAUGACAGUGGCAAUAUCGAUCGUGCAGAUCUAGCUGCCAAGGCUACAGAGCACUCGGACAACCUGAGUGCGUUCAUGAUCACGUACCCUUCGACCUUUGGUGUGUUUGAACCUGGUAUCAAGGACAUGACGGACCUCAUCCAUUCGCACGGUGCACAGGUUUACAUGGACGGAGCCAACAUGAACGCUCAGGUAGCGCUAUGUAAUCCUGGUGGCAUUGGUGCUGACGUGUGCCACUUGAACCUGCACAAGACGUUUUGCAUCCCUCAUGGUGGUGGUGGCCCUGGUGUUGGCUCCAUUGGCGUAGCUGCCCACUUGGCUCCGUUUUUGCCCGGACAUGCGGUGCUGCCUACUGGUGGCGAAGGUGAGUACACUGUGAAGAAAACCAACUCGGCUGUCAGUGGCUCCCCCUUUGGUAGUGCAGGUAUUUUGCCGAUUCCGUGGAUGUACAUCAACAUGCUUGGCGAGGAAGGUCUCAAGCAGGCUACGUACACGGCUAUCUUGAACGCCAAUUACAUGGCGAAGAAGCUUGAGAGUCAUUACGAAGUGGUUUUCCGCAGUGCCAAUGGCACAUGUGCGCACGAGUUCAUCAUCGACAUUCGCCCGUUCAAGGAAUUUGGCAUUGUGGAGGAAGAUGUAGCCAAGCGUCUGCAAGACUUUGGCUUUCAUAGUCCGACUAUGUCCUGGCCAGUGUCCGGUACUCUUAUGAUUGAGCCUACGGAGAGUGAGGGUAAAGCUGAGAUGGAUCGCUUUUGUGAAGCUCUGGCCAUCAUCCGUCGCGAAAUCGAGGACGUUGCGACAGGUGUCAUUGCAGUGGAAGACUCUCCACUUAAACACGCUCCGCAUACAGUGGACGUUGUUACAGCCGAUGUGUGGGACCGCAAAUACUCUCGAGAACAGGGUGCGUUCCCUGCUCCAUGGCACUUGGGUGGCAAGAACAAGUCUUUCUGGCCAUCCGUAGGUCGUAUCGACAAUGUGCAUGGAGACCGUAACCUUGUGUGCAGUUGCCCGCCUCUAUCGGACUACGAAUAA